AUGGGGGACCAUGUGGUGGUGAAUGUGGACGGUUUUGCGAACACCAAGGAUGAUGGCGUUGCUGAGAAGCCAUCUGAGGCUGUGUCGGUGGCUGUUGUUGAUAUGGCGGAGGAUGGUGGCGAGGAUGAGCCACUCAUCCAGGCUGCAGAGUGCCGCAUAUGCCAGGAAGAGGACAGUAUCAAGAAUCUCGAGAAGCCGUGUACGUGCAACGGCAGUCUGAAGUAUGCUCAUAGAGCGUGUGUGCAACGCUGGUGCAAUGAGAAAGGAGACAUUACAUGUGAAAUUUGCCAUGAGCAAUAUAAGCCUGGGUACACAGCACCACCACGUGUUCAACCAGAUGAGACCAGCAUAGAUAUAAGGUCUUCGUGCCCGCUACACACGCUGAUCGACCAUCUCGAUCACAUGCAGAGCAACAACCUCGCCAUUGGGGAUUGGACCAUUACAGGAGCUCCUCUGGAUAUGCGCGACCCAAGAAUUCUUGCUGUAGCAGCUGCACAGCGUCGUCUUCUUGAAGCAGAGUACGACGAAUAUGGUGGUACUGAUGCUAAUGGUGCUGCAUUCUGUCGUUCUGCUGCACUCAUUCUAAUGGCCCUGUUGCUUCUAAGGCAUGCAUUGUCGAUCUCGGACAAUGAAGGAGAUGAUGACUCUUCUACCAUGUUCUCUCUUUUUCUUCUCCGAGCUGCUGGAUUUCUGCUGCCAUGCUAUAUAAUGGCAUGGAUCUUCAGCAUUUUGCAUCGCCGGCGACAAAGGGAGGAAGCGGCCUCAAUUGCCACGGCAGAGGUAGCAUUCAUCCUGCAAUCAGCCCAGGGCCGUGCCCUUCAGUUUACCAUCGCUCCAGACUCCCCAACCACCCCACAGCAUGAGCCACAGCAGCAGCAGCAAUAG